AUGUCGAGACUACGCCACGAGGAUUAUUUCACUGGGCCUCGCGGUUUCGACCAUCACUCGAGAUGGCCCAUGAUGUUGCGCAUGCACGGCAGCAUCCUACCGCAGCUGAUCGUACCUCUUCUUCUCGUCGGCGGCUGGGCUACGAUGAUCACUUGUAUCUCCAAGUUUGUGACAGAUCUCGGUACCGAUCAGGUUCUUAUUACCGCGCUCGGAUUCGUUAUCAGUCUCGCCCUCAGCGGUCGUCUCCGCCUCGCAUGCCGCACGAUGGGGCUUCUGAUUUGGAUUCACGUAGAGGAGCGACACGACGUAGAUCCUGCUCUCGGUAAAAAUGACUUGCUCGGGAAGGUCAGCUGCUUGAACCUCGUUGUCGCCCUCGCAGUGGCACUGAAACACAAACUGCGAUUCGAACCAGGCACUCACUACCCCGACCUCAAGCAUCUCGUCGGACAUCUGGAUACAUGGGCACAGGCCGUAGACUCACCUAAUAUCAAAGGGCCAGGCGCUGUCAGGUCGGUUGGACAGUUGCUUGGAAUACCAAUGGCAACACCGAAUCCGCGGCACUUUGUAAAGAAAGCGCGCGCCCCCCUCGGCGACCUCCCGCUCGAGAUCCUAGCCUACCUCUCCGCUUACAUGAAGACGCUCUACGACAACGGGACGUUGCGAGACUACAGCAUCUAUCAAACACAGACCCUGGACGCGCUGAGCGUCAUGGACAGCGUGAUUACGGAAACGGACAGGAUUCUUAACACGCCUCUUCCACUCGCAUAUUCCAUCGCCAUCAGUCAAAUCACAUGGGUGUACAUCCUACUCCUACCAUUCCAGAUCUUCCACAGUCUAGGCUGGAACACAAUCCCUGCAUGCAUCAUCGCAGCGUACAUCAUCCUAGGUAUUGCAUUCAUUGGCCGCGAGAUCGAGGACCCGUUCGGUCACGACGUUAACGAUUUGCCUCUUGAUGCAUUCUGCGAGCAGAUCAGGAAGGAUAUGGACGUCAUCAUGUCGCGCGUCCCACCCAUUGAAAACGAUUUUAUUCAUCGCAAGGAGAACAUGCCGCUAUAUCCACUGUCAUAUCUCAGCACGAUGGCCUGGGCUGAAAAGUCUGUUGACAGUAUCCACGAUGCUCUUGCUCAGAAGCCGGCGCUGAAAUUUCCUAUGGUAAGUCUUGUGACCGAAGCUAGUCGUUUGGAGAGAGGCGAAGCUGGGAUGCAGCGAAAUUGCAAGAUAGAGACUAGUCUUACAGAGAAAGGAGAAGCUGGGCCAGGUAAUGUAGUGAGUUCAGCAGCUUAUACUAGGUCACCGGACUGCCCGACGUGUGAGACGUUGACGAGUAAUACACUGAAUAGGGGGCACACGGAUCAUGGUUGGUCAACGGGUUGUUAG